UAAGGAAAGGAAUAAAUUGUAAAUUAAAGAUGCGCGGUAAUCGUGUGGAGAGCGUCGUAUAAACGUAUCGCGCAUGUGCAGAUUGCCAAUUGUUCGCGAUCUCGUCAAGAAGCAGAUCUGAGAUAAAUAAGUUUUUCCGCUUCUCGAACAGAGGGAUUAAGGUAGAACGGAGAGGGAGAAUUCUUUCAAUUUCUUAGUGAAAAACUGUUUUUCGUGAGCUGAGGGCCGGCGGCCGAGUGAUGCACGCAUAUGUCUAGGCUCGGAGGGACUCAGGUUCUGGCCACAGCACAGGUGAAGAGGACGGCCGCUGAUCAUACAGCGGUGUUAAACUUUAGUGCUGCAAAACGCAGCAAACUAUCCGCCGUUGCGGUCACGGAGAUCAACGAAACUGAAAACAUGACGGAUACAGCUGCGGCCACAACUGAUACUCAGAAGCGAGCCAAUUUCUCAGCGUUAACCGUUGGGAAUCCAAACGGCGUCAACAAGAUUUCACCGAGUUUGGCAAGUGCAAAACCAGGCACAGCUAGAAAGCUCGUCAUCAAAAAUUUCAAAAAUAAACCAAAAUUACCAGAAAAUUAUCAAGAACAAACAUGGGAAAAGUUACAAGAAGCUGUAAUUGCAAUACAAACCAGUAAAAGUAUUCGUUAUUCAUUAGAAGAACUUUACCAAGCAGUUGAAAAUAUGUGUAAUCAUAAAAUGGCAUCUACGUUAUAUACCAAAUUGACAAGGUUAACAGAAGCUCAUGUGCAGGCUAACAUAGAGCAGUUCUUAGCAGAAUCAAUGGAUAGGCAUAUAUUCCUGAAAAAAAUGAAUGAGUGUUGGCAGUCACAUUGCAGACAAAUGAUCAUGAUUAGAAGUAUUUUUCUAUAUUUGGAUAGAACAUAUGUAUUACAAAACCCAAGUAUUUUAUCUAUUUGGGACAUGGGAUUACAUUUGUUUAGGGUGUAUAUUGUUCUAAAUAAUUUAGUUCAAACACGUACAGUAGAAGGACUACUUAUGCUCAUAGAAAAAGAACGUCAGGGCGAUACAGUAGACAGAACGCUUCUUAAAUCAUUAUUAAGAAUGUUAUCCGACCUACAAAUCUACCAAGAUGCCUUUGAAUCCAAAUUUUUGGUUGCUACAGAAAGAUUAUAUGCUGCAGAAGGUCAACGAUUAAUGAACGAACACGAUGUUCCUGAGUACUUAGCACACGUAGAUAAACGUUUGCAGGAAGAAAAUGAACGUUUAUUACACUAUCUUGAUGCAUCUACAAAGUGCUCGCUAAUACAUACAGUAGAAAAGCAAUUAUUAUCUGAACAUAUUACUAGCAUUUUACAAAAAGGAUUGAGUGGUUUAUUGGAUGAAAAUAGAAUUAGUGAUUUAUCUUUACUUUAUAAUUUAUAUAGUCGUAUAAAGUGUGGUCUUAUAGAACUUUGUCAAAAUUUCAAUUCUUACAUAAAGAAAAAGGGUAAAACUAUAGUCAUAGAUCCAGAAAAAGAUAAAACUAUGGUUCAAGAGCUUUUAGAUUUCAAAGACAAAAUGGACAAUAUAGUUAAUACAUGCUUUCAUAAAAAUGAGAAAUUUGCUAAUAGUUUAAAAGAAGCUUUUGAAGCUUUUAUUAACCAACGAGCAAAUAAACCAGCGGAAUUAAUAGCAAAAUUCGUUGAUUGCAAAUUGCGAGCUGGUAACAAGGAAGCAACAGAAGAAGAAUUAGAAAGAUUAUUAGAUAAAAUCAUGGUAUUAUUUCGAUUUAUACAUGGAAAAGAUGUAUUCGAAGCAUUUUAUAAAAAAGAUUUGGCUAAACGUUUAUUAGUUGGUAAAUCAGCUUCUGUUGAUGCUGAAAAAUCCAUGUUAUCGAAAUUAAAACAAGAAUGUGGUGGUGGUUUCACUAGUAAAUUGGAAGGAAUGUUCAAAGAUAUGGAACUUAGCAAAGAUAUUAAUAUUGCUUUUAAGCAGUAUGCUGGAAAUUUGCAAAGUGAAUUGUCUGCCAGCAAUUUGGAUUUAACAGUUUCAAUACUUACAAUGGGUUAUUGGCCAACAUAUCCAGUAAUGGAAGUAACAUUACCUCCAGAAAUGGUUCAAUACCAGGAUGUAUUUAAUAAAUUCUAUUUGGGAAAGCAUAGUGGUAGAAAAUUGCAGUGGCAACCUACUUUGGGACAUUGUGUACUCAAAGCUUGGUUUAAUCAGGGUAAUAAAGAGUUUUUAGUGUCAUUAUUUCAAGCAUUGGUGUUACUUCUGUUCAAUGACGCUGAUAAUUUAUCGCUGGAAGAUAUAAAAGCAGCUACUAAUAUAGAAGAUGGUGAACUCAGAAGAACUUUACAAUCUUUAGCUUGCGGAAAAGCUAGAGUAUUACAAAAGAACCCAAGAGGAAGAGAUGUUGGGGAUACCGAUAGAUUUGUAUUUAAUGCAGAUUUCACAAAUAAAUUAUUUAGAAUAAAAAUAAAUCAAAUUCAAAUGAAAGAAACGAAUGAAGAACAGAAGGCUACAGAAGAAAGGGUCUAUCAGGAUAGACAAUAUCAAAUAGAUGCAGCUAUUGUCAGAACUAUGAAAAUGAGAAAAACACUUACACACAAUUUAUUAAUCAGUGAACUGUAUAAUCAGUUAAAAUUUCCUGUAAAGCCGGCUGAUCUGAAGAAACGUAUUGAAUCUCUUAUAGAUAGGGAUUAUAUGGAACGAGAUAAAGAUAAUGCAAAUGAAUAUAACUAUGUUGCGUAACCUGAAUCAAAUGCCAAAGUCAUUUCAGACUGGGUGGUCAUUAUGUGUUUGCCUAUUGUGAAUGUGACAUGUUACAGGAGAAAAAUGAGAAACUUAAAACUGACUAAUUGUCCGCAGAAUGUUGCAGCGUAUGGUCAGUUGAUAAAAAAAUUAGAGUGUACAUCAUUGUUUUGGUUUUUAUAGUGCGCAAUGAAUACUGGACAAUUGAGACCUUUUUUUAAACAGUGUUUUAUCGUUAGUAUUCUUGUGUUGUUUCUGGAUUUUGCUAAAAAGGACCAUCUGCAAAAUGUUUUCAAUGGUACAGCAUUUAAAAAUGUAUCAAUAGUUUUUCACGGCAUAUUAAAGAUUUAAGAAAAAUAACACAGUAAUAAUAUCCUAAGACGAAAAUACGAAAUAUCGGCAUAAGUGAUCAGGAACACGUCAUUUGUAACAACAUGAAAUAGUGUACUGUGGACGUUGAACGCAGUGAUUACUGACAUUGUUUUAAACAAGUGAAAAACAUACUAAAAAAUAAAAAUUCGUGUAUUGAGAAUAAUAUUCUGUUACAUGCAAAAUACUUAAUUAAUAAAUAUGAAAACACGUUUUUACAGAUAUUGCCGAAAAGGGAAGACAUAUAUGUGCAUAUUAAAAAGAUAAACGCCACGAGUUUGAAGAAAUCUUAUUAGGAAUAUAAUAUGUAUUUCUGUAACAAAUUUUUGUACAUUACCUUAUAAUACAGAGUUUAUAAAUAAGAAAACAGAAUAUAUCAUUAUAUAAAUGAUAUCCAUCUUCAUCAAAAUAAUAGUAAAGUAAUUUACGUCUAAUGUAUGACGAAUUUAAAAAUAAUAUGGAACACCUUUUAAAUAAUCUACUUUUUAUUUUUGAACGAUAUGCGAUCAACAUCUUCAGUCAUAACUUUAUUAUACAAAUAAAUAUUUAUUACAUUUAAAAAUUAUUAGUUGAGAUAAAAAUUGAAAGAGAUACAUAUUAAAGAGCACAGUAAAAGUGUUUCAUAUUAUUAAAUAAUAAGAAUACUCUAUCGUUAACUUUAACAUUUUCACUAUAAAAUUAUAGUAUCUAAUUAAUGCCAUACCUAGUUAACUACUUUCUUUAUAUAUUUUGAAUAAAUUGUAGUGAAGAGUACAAUUUUAUAUAAA